AUGUCUCCCGCUGGUUCGGGAUCCCCCCCUCUUUUUUACAAACCGACAUCAUCGGAGCAAGCCUAUGCCGUCUUCAUCGCUCAAUCAGUGUUUCAUACUACACCGGAUAGCAGCUUUCGAGUAAACGGUAAAGACGCUGUCCCAUUUCUUAGUCAAUCGAAGGUCAACCGGUUGGUAUUGCGGAAUAUUUGGACUGUAGCGGAUCCUGAAAAUAUUGGUCACUUGACGCAGAUCGCUCAAUUGUGGAUGAUUUUACGACUUGUAGCACUGGCACAGUGCAGCUCCGUUGUUGUGGAUGAUUUGGACCGAGCCCUUCGAUCCGGAGAGACACCAGCGCAGGCACUCGGAAACACUUUGCAAACGACCGCUGAUAUGGCUUUACCGCUACCAAUCUUCCAGAAUAUACCCUUUCCAGAUGGUGAUCUUUUGACGCAACUCUACUUGCAGUAUAACGAAAGCACACAAAACGGAGGGGGGCUCACGAGCAGCGCUCUAUACAUGUCUUUCCUUUCGAACAACCCGCACGUUGGAGAAAGCUCGAGUUAUGAAGAGCGGAGAGAUAUGUCAGCCACAACAAUCGAUGGUAAUGGGCUGGACAUGACGUGCAACAUAAUUCCUUCAAGCCACAGCAGCAAUGCUCCCUCCCAUUCGCAACAAAGACAACAACAGCCAUCAAUUGGUAAUCGUUUCGGGCCGACUGUACACGCAUCGAAUAUUCAGUCCAAAAUGAAGAGUUCACUUUUCUGGCCAGAAAAACGAAGAGAAGACGGGGAUUUCGACCCGUUCGCGGAAAUUCAACCACUUCCCGACAAUCCACUGCCCAAUCUUUCAGACUCUUUGGCGGAGAAGAAUGAACGCAUUUCCAAUGACGAAGACAGCGAUUUUGGAGAUUAUGUGGAAGCAACAGCGACCGCGCCUGUUUCGCCUUUUUGUGUAUCGCAAUCGAAUCCUGUCCUACCGCAAGAUAUUUCUUUGAUUCGUUCUACAAGCAAUGCAGUUUCAACUCUUGGAUCAAACGCUUCCGGGCACCUUUACCCAUCCAUGGCCGGCGUGUUCGAUAGUCCACGCGGGCUCCUCUCAACGUCAACGCACGAGCCGAAUUGCAAUGACAAUGUCAACUCAAAUCAAGCGAGGACAAGCCAAGAGGCCGAGCUCGGAAGUUUCCUAACCGAAGAGUCAAAUUGCACAGCGAGUGUAUGUAGAGGGUCCAAAACUAACUGCUUAGACAGCCACGACUUUGAUGAUAUGCCCGCCACUAAAGCUGCUUUGGCGACUUUGGGCUCACAAGCAAGCGCUAUAAUUGAUGAGCUCUCGAAAGCGGAAAGAGUUCCUGUCGGGUUACUGUCGGUCUCGGAUGCGUUUGGCAGCUUAGUCGAUGUAGAACAAACGCCUCUUCCUAGUCUACCAUCUCCUGAGCCCAUCGGCACCGUUUUCACUGUAAAAGAAAAAGAUUCGCGAGUCGCGGAUUCUGUUCAAUUUCCGGCUGAGGAUGAUGAAGACUUUGGAAGCUUUGCUGGAACGUCAAUGAAUGAACAAUGCACAUUUCCUGUUAGUUCCGUACAGAAAUCAGAUCAGACUGAGAAGGACGAGUGCUUCAACAAGUUGAAAGAAGAAAACUUUGGAGUCGUUUCCAGAGAUGGAACGCUAUUGGUGGAUGCCAUUGUUGUUUCUGAUUUGUCAAAAGAGCUGAAGAUGGACUUCGACGAUGAUGACGACUUUGGCGACUUUACGGCGGCAGUGGGUUCGAUGGGAGAUACUGCACCUGAAUUGACAGGCUGGGACGCGCUAGACGCUUUAGCCAGCGCAAACGACGCCCCACUUCCUUCUUUGGAUCACGUCGUUUCAUCUGCUGCUAUCGGUCACCAUGAAAUGUCCGUAGCGAGCAGUCGCAUAGAAACCGAAGCCGAAACCGAAAAUGAAGAUUUUGGGGAGUUUGAAGGAGUAGACCUAGCCGAGCAAGACCAUGAAAUUGGACUUGGUGCUUUUUCAUUCAUGUCGUCAUCUCGCCAGCCAGAAGCAUUGGUCGUGAACGAGCUACCUUCUUCGGAUCAAGUCGUUUUAUCUGCUGCUAUCGAUCACCAUGAAACGUCCGUAGCAAUCGGUCGCAUAGAAACCGAAGCGGAUGGCGAAAAUGAAGAUGGUGGGGAGUUUGAAGGCGUAGAGCAAGAGCAUAAAGUAGGGUUUGGUGCCUCUUUUUCCAUGGCGUCAUCUUUCCAGCCAGGCACACUGGUGGCGAAUGAAGCUUCCGAAAACCCUGGCGGUAUUGAUUGUGUUAUCAAAAGUGAUGCAAAUGAGGGUUCAGCCCUUGCAGAGCCUUCCGUGUCGGUUUCUUCUGAUCUGCUGCCACCGAAAAGCUUAAGUCUUUUUCCGCUCUCGGCUCAGCAGCCUCUAUGCAAUGCAUAUCAAGCCAAAUUCGCAACAGAGACUAGUCAUGAUCAUUCUAAAACAGAUACUGACGCAGGAGCUUCGAAUCAGCGGUCUCUGUUCAUUCCUGAACCACCGGGAAGUGGCCAACCAGAUGUUCUUGGGGACAUUGGGGCGAAAGGUGCGAAAGCAACGCCUGUUCUUCUUUCAAAUAUUACAUCCGAGAGCUCUGCAUCGAAGGUUUCGGUUGAAUGUGUCCCAUCACCCGUUUUCGGCGAAGACUAUGCUCAUGCCGCCGGUAUGGUCCUUUUGAGAGAAAACGAGCAUGAUAGUAUCGAGAGAAAUGACACUGUAAUCCCCUCGGCCCAAAUACAAUCUGUAUACAAGAAUGAUAGCAUACUUGAUUGCCAACACGUCGAGGAAAGUUCCGCUGCCGCUCUUAUUGAGGGAGCCGAUCUGGAAAGAGACUCCUGCACUUCUGCUAGUGAAAUGUCCUUAGCAACCGAUUCAAACUGCUUUAACUCCCGAAAAACUGGGUUUGAUUGCAAGACUGCCAUACGAACGGACGAUCCGUUCGCUGCCUUUGAUUCUUUAGCUGGACCUGCUCUUCCAAUUCCCCUCCUCCCUUCGAUGGAACAAGACCACGAUACUUAUGGAAACUUGAUAUCUGCACUGGGGGAGGAAAGCCACGCCUUCGAAAACUUUGAUGACGUUAACGAAACCAAGAAUCCUGGGAGUUCUGAAUCAUUCGAUAACUUCGAGGUUGUUGAGGUGAUGGAAUCUCUUGAAGAGAAGAAGCAAAAGGAAGAAACCAAGUCUCUCGAUGGAGAAGACCUCUCCAAUAAAAUACAAAUAAGAAUCAAUGAUACGGAGAGCAUCCCGAAGGAGACCGACGAGUAUGAAAUGAACGCCUUUGGAUGUUCGAGUUCACUAAAACUUGAAGAAUCAGUCAUGAACAAAGAGCCUGAAGAACUGGUCGACGCCUAUUUUACCGGAAGUGAUCCAGUCUACGAAUCAUGUGAAAGUCAGCCAGACGCGAAGGUAGCGGCGGAAAAUAACAACGCCUUCGGCGAUUUCUCAGCUUUCGAGGUCGCCUCUUCCAGCGCACACGUUCGCAUCGUUCACAUGGACGAGGCAAAUUCAGUGCACCCGUCGGAUGCUCAUCCCCAAUUUGGUGUUUCGUCCGGGUCGGAAGUUGAAGAUUUUGAGUCUUUUGGAGAAUUUGCCGACGCAAUAGGCAAUCAAACUACAUCUGAGUGCCCUACUCAUGUCCCAACCACGAUAUCUGGCGAACCCGAAAUAAAGAGAGUUAUGCUGAUCAGGGAGCACAUUUCGCGUCAAUCAGACCAGCUUCCUGAGUCUAUUCGACGGUCUCUGAUGCCACCGGAGCAUCACAUUAAUCUCGAGGAGUGUUUUGAUGCAAACAUUGGAAUGGAAAUCCCAUUGAGUGAGGAGCGACAGAAUCGCGCAAAGCGUUGUGCACACCUUCUGUCCCUGUUAACUAUCGACGGCUGCAGGCUGGCGUCGACUUUCUGGGAGCAGAGCUUUACUAUCGUGAAAAAUGAGCUAAAAACAGCAGUGCUCCUGCUGGAAGAAGCUUUGUCUGUACCAUCGGACGAGAAACAUCUCACCAAAAGUGCUCUGCAGAUAUUUGUAAACGGCCUCGCUGAGUAUGUCCGCGUUGUGCGAUCUAUCGUCGCAACUAUCGGCGAUCUCUUGAUGUUGGACCCCAGUGCUUUCUUCACUGUCGACACAUUUUCAUCCUCAUGGCAGUCUGUCCCGCUCUUGCACGAUGCUCUUGAAAUUGAGCGAUUAUGGAAAGGCAUCGAACGCUUGUGUGAACCAUUGGGCCUGGUGCCUCGUAAGAUCGAAAGUCUCGUAACGAUUCGUACAAUCGGGGAACAACGAGUGGAAGCGGAUGGCCUUUGUCACUUUACCCUUCAGCCUUUGUCCGAACGAGACGAAGACACCAAGUCUACCAUAACAUGGAAUGGGAGAAUCUACAUGGCGUGCUCCGCCAACUUUUUAGCCAACAAGUGUGCUUUCUAUUCUACUGAAGACUAAGUUUUUUCGAUGAAUAGUAGCGGUCCACUAACAUUAGGUAGACACAAACGUAUUCCU